AGGUACGCGUUAGACACAGUGAAUUUAUAAGAUAGUUUAAAUUUUCUGAAAAUGUAUUUGUUAUGCCGCAGUUACAGUUGAAAUAACAGUAAAUGGUAUUUCACAGGAGAAGGAUUAAUUAUUUCAGGGUUUUGCCUCUUUGUUUAAGAGAUAAUUAGCAUAGGCUUCAAAAUGUUUACACUUGAAAACGAGUAUUACAUCAGGUUUAUACUGCUGCUAGUAAAGGGCGGUACCGAAGUGCUCAGGAAAGUAGUCAUUAAAGGACUUCAGAAACGAAAUGUAAAACUCGAGACGUUCCUGGAAGAGAACAGAUCUACAAUAUGCAACUCGAAUCUCAUUUCAAAGAUCCAACGGGAUAUUUUAUACCCACCUUCACCAGAUUCAACUGACAUAUCCAAAUGGGACAUUUCUCUUUUAUCGUUCAUAAUUCUUGAAUUUUUGAAGUCAUAUUUCACUGCUGGUGAUAUAUCAUCGGUGGUAAAGCUAAGAGAUAUGCAAGAUAUGGUUUCCGCCCACCAAGCCGACGCUGCUAUAGAUGGAAGAGAAUUUACAACAAUUUGGAGUGAUCUGUCUGUAACUAUCACAGUAUUAUGUCAUGCAAUGGAACUGAAUGAUAAUGAAAAGGACUUUUUGAUGAAACUAGUGAGCAGUAUUGCUAGCGCUGAUCUUGAUAUGAAUGAGGCAGUCAAAGAACUUAAAAUGUUAAAAGACACAGGUGAAUUUCUGAAAGGCAUUCAAACAAGUCUUACGAAUCUUGAGUAUUUAGAAUCUGCGAAACAGUCGCAAUCGGCACUGGAGACGUCAGUGAGUGCUUUAAAUGAAGAUGAUUCAGGUCAUUUGACAGAAAAAAUGGACCGUGUACAGCUGACAGACACAGAUGAAAGUAAAGAUGUUAUCGAUGAUGACGCUACUUGUACCGCGGUAAAGGACAGCAAUACAUCAAACUCGGAUACUGACACUGAAAGUACUAAAAUGGGAGAUGAAAAAGAAAUAGCUGAGAGUGCUGUGCCUGAAUUAUCGGAAAUUAAAGGAAAGAAAAAGAAAAGAAAGAAAAAUAAAAGGAAGCAUAAAAAGGACACAGAUGCUAAGCGACAAAAGCUUCAGACAGAAAUAGACAAGGAUGAAGAGAUUGUAAAUAAGCACGGACAAUAUGUGCGGGAAGACGGAUUUGAACUUUCCCAGACGACAUCAAACGCUGAUAAGUCGUUGAAUCCAAAACAACAUGCCGGUAUGGUAUUUGGUACGGGGAAAUCAACGAAGACGCAACAUUCUGAAAACCCACCCGAAAUGCGUGCUACUCAUCAGUGUAGUCUGUUUGAAGGUGACAUUAAAAAUGAUAAAUCAUUAGAAACAAAAAAUGAUGAUGAUAAAAAUAGAUCCAGUAAGAACCAAGAAAAACAAGCACAAAAGGGUGUUCAUUCGGAAGCUGAAACACUGGACAAACUCAACAAUGAUGCACAGUAUACGGCAAGUCAAGCAACGAAAUCUGACAAAGAUGGGACUGAUGUUGACGGCGGCUACAAAACUAAGAGGGAAACCAGAAGUAAAACGAAAACACCAGCUGAGAGACCCAAUUCUAAACCACGUGGCAAAGAUCCUAAACGUACUCCUGACGAAAGUAAACGUACAUCAGACAGAAUAUCGAUUGAUACUGAAGAAAUGAUUAAAGUACAGUUUCAUGUCUUGAUAUCACCAGACUUUAACUUUGAUAACAAUAUGGACAAAGUUGUAAUACGGCUGAAAUAUUCGGAUGACCGUCAACCUUACAGACAUCAAAUGGAUUUUGUCAGGGAACUAACUUCAGGAUACAUAGAAAUGACUUACAUACUUGAUGUGCCGCAGAAUCAAGUAACUGGAGAUAGCAAACUAUGUUAUAAGUAUUUCGUACUAGAUAAAAAUUCCCCACAAAAGCAAGGAAAAAAGAAUGGUCUAUGGGAACACUAUUUCGUCAAAGGGCGUUCAGGUCCUUUGUUUGAUAGAAAUCUCCAUGUACCGCGGGACAAAGUAGAUUCGAAAACAUCAACAAUUUGGCAUCAGUUUGAUGGUAUCGCAAACAGAAAAAGUGAUAAAGGCAUAUUCGUGAAUUUGAUAAAUGACCAUGUAUUGCGAAAUCUAAAGCUACAAGAUGAUGCUAAUCUAGCUAUGCAGGUAUUUGGAGAGCAAGUUAUCCAACCCGUUUUAAGUGCGGGCUUGUCUGCUUCUGCCGCCAUUCUUAAUGUAGGGGAGAUGACUGAAAGUCUGAUUCACGGGCUGUGGAAGACCUACGUUAAUGACGGGCAAUGUUUUAAAUCAAAGGAUGAAAUGAAAAAAGAACUUGGUAAAUAUUUAUUUGAUCCAGUACUCAGUGUCUUUACAAGACUGCCUGAACGUCAAACACAAGAAACGGACAAGCAAUGGAAACGGCGAUUGAUAGUACAGCUGACAUUAUUGACCAUUUGGAAGGAGAUGAAGUUAGACAUAUCCAUGAGUACUUCUCAGCAACUGUGUAAAUCAUUCCUUAUAGCAAACAGCUCAGACAAAAAGACAUGCAAAGAGUUUGAGUUUAUAAAACAAACAUUUCCCACAAAAAUAGAGUUCUUUAAAGAAGCGUUGGUAACCCUGGGGAAAUUGACCACAGAGCAGUCAAAAGAUCCCUCCUGGCUGUAUACAAUGCCUUUGAUACAUUUUUUAUCUGGAGCUUGCAACCAAUUGAAUAAAAACACUAGACACGAUGACACUUUGCCGAAGUGGUGGGGCACCAUGCAUAGGGUGCAAGAUACUAUUGCAAAAUUUAAGGCGCAUCAACACAAAAGAUGGGAAAUACCUCUUCUGGAGGUUAUACAAACACUGCAACCGUUGUUUGUUGUUGACUUUUUGCUACCAAGAACAAUUAUGGCAUGUCUCAAUGUGUCAGAGGUCUUUGAUGCCAUUUCUACAGGGAUGAUUCCAGUAGAAAUAUGCUGUGCAACACUUGUUUACUUCUUGAAAACCAAAGGAUCUUCAGGCUGGUUUGGAGGCGACGGCGAAGGAGAUGUCAUUUCAAAAUGCAUGCAGACUCUUGUUGAACAGCUUACUCAGGGAGAUAAUGGUAGCUCAGAUAGGGAACUCUCUAAGUCAUGGUUUCUUCCAACGAAGAUUUCUUUAGAUCUAGUCCAACAGGCACUUAAAAUAAAACGGUAUGAUAUCGCCAGAAACAGUAUCCGUGUGUUUCUGAUAUGUGCUUCAAAUUAUGUCCGCCUAAAGGAACACCGACCAGCUGAUCAAUAUACACGACAGGAAGUCAUGAAAGAUGUUGAAAAUCUUUGUCAGAAAACAUUAAGGUGGCUAAAGGACAAUUAUUGUCAUUGGUAUGGAAACUUGACAGAAAGUAUUAUGGUAUGGAACGAAUGCAUGGUGUCAGGUGACCUGAUUUUACAGGAACUCGAAGAGUUUUGGAAUAUGUCACUGUCUCAUGACUUGGCUAGGAAUUUAACUGCCUUUAUUCACUACAAGAGAGACAACGCGGAAAAGAUCAUAAAGCUAUACUGCAAGACAUUUGAUAGCUACAAACCAUAUAUGCAAAAUUGCCUUCAUGAAACAGCAAUUAAGGCAAUAGACGGCGCAUACAAUAUAGAUGUUGGAUAUUUUGAUCAAUAUGAGCGGGGUAGAUAUGGAACGCUUCUCUCUACAAUGUUUCACGCUAAUUGGUCAAAGAUAAUGCAAAAUGUAUCUGAUGUCAGUGAUAGAAACUUUUUGAAGCAAAUACUUGAGUGGCAACCUUUCCUCCGAUUCAUGAAAAUAUUAGUCGUACAAAAACAAUCGUAUCUACUGGACGACGAGUGCGAAGGAAAUUUGAUGGUGACAUUAGCAAUAGUUCAAUCACUAGUUGAAAGCCUCUUAAAGGGUUCCUUGAGGAUUGGAGAUUUGCAGAUUAUGCAUGAAUAUGCUGAAACUUUUGCUGACAUAGCAUCACGCGUGAAAAUGGAUGACGAGGGAACCGAAAUCACAAAAGAAAUGAUACUUACUGGAAUAAAAAUUCGAAAGAAGGAACUAGAUAUGUUUCUAUCCAGAGCUGAAAUGAUUGUUUCUUUGGCUUUCUUAUGUACACCGCUUAGCCGAGUUCAGAUUUCGACUUUUGACGAAGUGCUGAUUAAGCAAGCAACGAUUGAGAAUCAUACCCUGAAUGAAUUCUGCCAACCAGUUAAAAUUGAUUGCGUAGAAAAAAUCGACGACGACUAUCUACCAGAGCUAAUUGUUUUCAGGUUACCUGCAAGCAUAGAUGCCAUUUUACAGAAGAUGCAUUUGUGUAGAAAAAGUUCCGUAUUUCUUAAAAUGUGGAAAACUCAAUGCGAAAAAUGCGAUGGAGACUGUACGUCUCUUGUUGAUGUUUCCAAAGUGUGGAAGCCAGUGUAUGAAAGGUUGGAAAAGGUUUUACGCGAAAUUGAAAGCGGAAAGAUACUUUUCUGUCAGUUUGAAGAGCUUUUAGGCAGUAAUUGUGGAGAAGACUAUGAACAGAUUGUAAAUGAACUAAGAAUAUUACAAAUAAAGCAAGAUAUAAUUGAAACACGUGUUGAGCAAUUGAAAAAAUACAGAUAUCUGGAGACGUGCAAGAGUGGAGCACAGUCAUUGUUACGUCUGAAAAGCGAGUGUAACCUCGAGGGUGAUUUUGAACAAAUAGAACUUAUAGCCGAUGAUGCCAGAGAAAACAUUGAAAUGGAACAGUUUGACGAUUCGCUUAUGGAUGCUUGCGAAUUCCUUAAGGACUUUAGCCGUAGUAGAGCUGCCUGUUUAAACACAUUUUUGAACUGUCAGCCGUUGGUACAGUGGCUGAAGGAAUCAAUGCAUACAUCGGGGCUCAAAGAACUGCAGGUAUUUGUUGACUUGGCAUCAAUGUCUAUUGGAGAUAAUCCAUACAAUAUAGGCAAGGUACAGGCAUUACACUCAGCAGUGACAGGAUAUGCACCACUCAUAUUUGACCUAAGAGAGGAGUGUGGCUUCAAGGAGCUACUAGACCUAUGCAAAUUGGUAUGGAGGGAAUUGAAAGCAAAUCCAAAACUUCCAAAACAAUUAGAAGACACAAAUAGUCAAAUAGAAUGGCUUACAGAGAUAAAGAAUGCACAUGGGGUUGUAGAAGUUACGUCGAUGAUGCAGACUGAAGCCAUCAAUACCAAUGGAACUUUCAUUAUCGGACGACAAGCACUCCAAGACAAAGAAGAAUCAAACACCCUCCAUGACUAUUUAAUGUCUGUUGCUGACACAGUCAAAUUGAUAGUACCUGGAGAGCUGGGAAAAAGGAAGAAAAGGAACUACACAUUUUCGGAAUUACAAGAUUUACAGAGUAGACUCAUGUUAGUUGCAGGGAAAGCUGACACAGGCACAGAAAGUGUAGAACGAUUUACCAUGAUAUUUGACAGUAUAACAAGACUCGGCAAAGUGUUCGUGAAACUGCAUACGUCGGGCUGUGUUUUGUUUAAAGACUGGUCUGCACGCUUUAUUUGUGAUCCUGAUCCAGCUCGACCUGUGUGCGCUACAAUUACCUUCGGUCAAGGUGACGAGGUCCAACAACUGAAAGGAAGAAGGACUGUUAAUGAAGAUUUAAAAGAUAUGAUACCAAAGAUUGCAAGAUUUAUGGAACUUUGCCAUGAAACAUGGCUGCAACAUAUCAAUGACAAACGCUGGACACACACGCACCUAAACUAUUUUACUGUCGACCAGCUUGUAAUUUUACAACGGGAACUAGUGAAAUUCGGGACAGAUGAUAAGCCUUCUCAUUUAAUUUAUCCGCUGUUGUCUGCUGUCAAGAAAGGCUGUACAGAAGAUGAUAUUCAACAAGCCAUAUUGUCUGCCAAGAAUGUGAUUGGCUGGGAAGAUGAAAUGGAGACCGAUGACGAUAAAGAAAUGGAUACUCCUGGAUUAGAGAAAAAUGAAGACAUCGUUGAAGACGAAAGGAAAAUGACGUUCAUACGUAAUCUUGUUGACGCAGGACAGGAAGAGGCUGUGGCAAUAAAAGCUUUGGCUCAUGUUGAUGAUUUAGAUGAUUUUAAUCAAGGAAUAUUGUGGUGUAUUGAACACGGCGAUUCUGAUAUGUCAGAUGAAGAUGAUAUGAGCGAAGGUGAAAACACUACAAUCAAAUCUGAUCUUCAGAGGUCUUUCGAAGGAUGGAGCAAGUCAGAAGUUUCUAUGCAGUCCAUAAUAAAUGCCAAUUUAUCUUGUUUGGGACAGCACAGCAACAUUGGUGUUGAACCUCUGAUACAUGACUUGCAACAACUAUGGAACCGUUUCCUUACGUCCAUAUCAUCUAACAUUAGGGACUAUCUGAGCAUCGAACACCUUGGAAUAAUUCUCCAACAGCUGGCUUUUAGUGAUUUGGAAAUGAUAGACAGAUCAUUACCACCAGGGAUCAAAGAAAGCAUUCCGAAUCUUCUCGUAUGUCCAAAAGAUGAUGUCCUUGUGACCGCACUGUCAGUAUACAUGAUGGAUAAAGGCCAGCCGUUGCCGCAAUCGGACGAAAUAUUGAUGUGUACUUCAAGAACAACAGUUCAGGAGGUGGAUAUAUUCUGGAGAAGAGCCUUAUUUGGUGGAGGCAAGAAAAUUCACUGCCUGUUACAUGCCGAUUAUCUUGAGUACGAAGUAAGUGAAGUGUCAGAGAGACUUCUGAAAGACUAUCUUCUAGAAAUCAGACAUAAAGCAGAUGUUAGUUAUCGUCUGUGUGUAAUAUGCGGACAAGAGAAUGAAUAUCGGUCAACAAUGGUGUCAUUUUUGGAUAAGUACAGAACACAAGCUCCACCAGUCAACAAAGAGAAGCUUAAGGUGGACAUAGCAGAUAGACUAGCUGUGCAUAAUUCAGAUUAUGCAUUCAAACCUGCAGCUUUUGUUGAUAGCGAUAGAUCCACAGUGCGAAUAAUAAAGUCAUGGCGUGCAGGUGUUGGGAAAACGCUUUUCAAAAGAAAGAAGUCGAAGGAAUUGUUAUCUUUAAAUGAUGACAGUGUGUCGACGGAUAUAGUUACUAUCCCAUUACAAGAGAAGCAUGUUGAUAUUCACUAUGUAAUAGAACGGCUGUUGAACCACACAUCAAUGCCCGGAGAUCAGGCUGUUAAAUUGUUCCACAUUGAUAUAUCUCAUGAGGUACAAGAAGGCAUCGAUUAUUUGCUGUUCAAUUUGCUGAUUCUUGGAUGCCUGGUGGAUAAAACGGGAUAUGUUUGGAGAAAGUUAGAUACAGAUUUGUAUUUAAUUGAAACAAUGCCAAUAAUGACACCAAUUGCAGAGAAACAGGAAUUGGGAUAUCACUGUAUUCAUCCGAUGCUGGCAUUCCUGCCAGACAUAACAUGCAGAUCACCACAAGAGAGCCUUGAGAUAUACAAGGGGGAGAUGUUACAGGAUCAUCAAAAAACUGAUCAACUAUUUGACGAGAAUGAAUUUCUUAGCGAGAAGUAUCAAAGGCCGUUCCAGUAUCUCCUCCGACUAACAAAGAAAACCAGUCUUGAAAAUGUUCACCCGGAUCGUCCGGAAGGAAAUCAACGGACGUGUCUAGAAAUUCUGCUAAGGUACUGUGGUAUUCAAGAUCCAUCUUGGUCAGAGCUCCACCAUUUCGUCUGGUUCCUGAACACGCAGUUAGUCGAUUUCAAAGAAAACGAUUUUGUGAGUGGUGCAGCCGCUGAUGUUCUACCCGGUUUUUCAACAUUUGUCCUGCGAUUUCUCAUUCAAAUGUCUAAAGACUUUUCAACGAGGUCGCUUUACAUCAGCGAGGAAUCUCCUGGCCUUACACAGUGCCAAAAUGAAGUGAUGGAAACCGACGAUGAAGAAACUGAUGAUAUAAUUAAAUUAUAUCAGAUGAGAAGAACUUGGGAGAGCAGUCCUCAUCCAUAUUUGUUCUUCAACUGGGAUAGAUUAACCUUCACUUUUCUUGGAUUCAAUAUUCAAAAGGCGUCUGGAAAUCUUAUUGAUCAGCAGACUGGAAAUGUCCUUGAAGAGUCUAUAAUGCAGAGCAAUCUGUACGAAGCUCUCGAGAGGAACCAUGUCCCACUCCAAGAACAUUUCAACUUGAUUCCUAGAGAGGAAAAGAUAAAGAAAUUGCGAGGUGUUAUGGGCAAACCAUCGUCAGAGGACCCGGACGACACUUACGAGCUGACAACUGAUAAUGCGAAAAAAAUUCUGGCGAUCUACAUGAGAUUUAGAUGUGACAUUCCUGUCAUUAUAAUGGGAGAGACAGGUUGUGGGAAAACGCGUUUGGUCAAAUUUUUGUGUGGAUUACAAAUACCGAAAGGAGAAGAUAUUACAAACAUGGUUUUAAUGAAGGUUCAUGGAGGAACGACAAGCAAAGAUAUAAUCCAAAAAGUUCGAAAGGCUGAAGCUCUGGCGAAAUCAAAUAUGGAAAAAUACGGGAAACACAUGUAUACAGUGCUUUUCUUCGACGAAGCGAAUUCUACACAAGCCAUAGGUCUUAUUAAAGAAAUAAUGUGCGACAAAAGUAUGGAGGGAGAGAAAUUACAAAUAUGUGUAAAUCUGAAGAUAGUUGCGGCUUGUAAUCCGUAUAGAAAACAUUCGGAGGAACUAAUCAAGAAGUUGGAACAAGCAGGACUUGGGUACCACGUUGAUGCCGAUGAGACGAUAGACAGACUUGGCCGUGUCCCAAUGAGACGUCUGGUAUACAGAGUUCAACCAUUGCCCCAGAGUUUGCUUCCCCUAGUGUGGGAUUUUGGUCAGCUAAAUACACAAGUAGAAGACUUGUAUAUCCAGCAGAUGGUCAAGAGACAUAUCGUUGCGGAAGAGCUCCCUGAUAUCACAGGACUAAAAGAAGCCAUAAGUGCCAUACUCACGGCAUCUCAGGAUUAUAUGAGGCAGCAGAAGGAUGAGUGCAGUUUUGUAUCUUUACGAGACGUUGAACGUGUAUUGACGGUGAUGAGUUGGUUUUACAAGCAAAGUCAGAAUGAAAGAUUAUUAUACAAUCUAAUGGAUGAAAAACUAAACAUCCAAGUGGACACAGACGAGGAAAGUGACACUGAUGAUGAUGUUAUAGAAGAGGAAACAGAUGUUCAGACGCCACACAGAGUCGAUGAUAUCACACGGUCUUUGAUUCUGGCAUUGGGAGUUUGUUACCACGCAUGUUUAAAGACUCGAGAACAAUAUCGGGAUUACAUUGCUUCUUAUUUUCAACAACCAUGUAAAUUACCAGGAGGAAGUCAGCAAAUUUUCAACGAAAUAGACUGCUGUCAAGAUGUCUUCCUAGAUCAAGUAGACCUGGCUAAAAACAUUGCUCGUAACAUGGCAUUGAAAGAAAACGUAUUCAUGAUGGUCGUAUGUAUAGAGCUACGCAUUCCACUUUUCCUUAUCGGCAAACCAGGGAGUUCGAAAUCAUUAGCAAAAACGAUCGUAUCGGAUGCAAUGCGCGGAAAUGCAGCGAAACGAGAACUUUUCAGAGGAAUGAAACAAGCUCAGAUGGCAUCUUUCCAAUGUAGUCCACUGUCUACACCUGAUGGCAUUGUCGGAACAUUUAAGCAGUGCGCUAGAUUUCAAAGAGAUAAAAAUUUAGACACCUUUGUCUCAGUUGUUGUGCUUGAUGAAGUUGGGCUCGCUGAAGAUAGUCCUAGGAUGCCCUUAAAGACCCUACAUCCGCUUCUAGAAGAUGGUUGCCACGGAGAAGAAAAGCCUGAUGAAUACGAAGAGGUCUUAAAUGCAGAUACGGAGGACGAAGAACAUGAACAAUAUCAAAUGGCCUUGCAUCCCCGUCCAGAGGACGGUCUUUUACAGGAAGAUAAACCUAAGAAAUACAAAAAGGUUGCUUUUAUCGGAAUAUCAAACUGGGCUCUAGAUCCAGCUAAAAUGAACAGAGGUAUUGUAGUGCAAAGAGAGGUCCCUGAUAUUGAAGAACUGAUCAAUAGUGCUCGUGGUAUAUGCAGUACCGACGAAGAGAUACUGAGCCAGAUGGAGCACUUGAUUCAACCAAUGGCUGUUUCCUAUCUUGAGUUAUUUAAUACUGCAUCUGAAAAAACGCGGGAGUUUUUUGGUCUUAGGGACUUCUACAGGUACUCCAAUCAGCUCUAG